AGUUCAAUCGCGGUGGGCAAAAUGUAAAGAACGUGCCGUGGCAGAGUAGAGUUGAAAAAGCGUUCCACAAGAAGUGGUUCACUGUGAAUAUUUGCAUCUUUGGUGUAUGAAAGACAAAAGAAAAAAUAUGUUUGAUAAAAUGAAAAACUAUGUGAGACAAAGUGUUUUAAAAUUUAAGACAUGAUUACAUAAAAGAAAGGUGGAAUUAAUUCCAGUUGGAGGUGAUUCUCAGAGAGUUUUGUCUGCUUCUGUGAUUGAAUAAUUGAGAAAGAGAAGGUAGAACAGUUUUGGGGGACACCACAGUGAAUCAAAAAAAAAGUUACAAUAAUAAAAAAAACAAGUGUUGUUGUGUAAAAAGAGUACCGUGCAGAAAAGUGUAUUAAAAAAAACAAAAAACAACGAAAAGAUGAAACCAAUCACAUUUGAGUCCAUUAGGAAUUUGCUAAAGACGAAAAAGAGCAAGAAUAAAGAAAAAGGUGUCGAUGCUAGCUUCAAGAGGUCAGACUCAUUCAAACGCAUCAGCAUCCGGAAGAGUUACUUGGACCGUGGUAGAAAUAAGCGUGCCAAUGGAGGAGGAAAUUGUGGUCAGAUGAGACCAAAAGCAUCUGUGAUUGCUCUCGAUGAUGUGGCAGCUAUGAAGAUGGCCAGCUCAUUGGCUGGUCAUCGUGAUAUGCUGAUCCAACGUCAACAUUUUGGUGAUCAUGGACCAAAGUCCUCACUGCAGGAGAUCACAGAAAUUCUAUCACUUGGUGAAUCCAAGAAGAAUACCCGGGAGAUUGAAGUGCAGACAGUUGAGAUGGACUUUAGAGCAUUCAAUAGUACAGAGUCUAUUUUCUGCGAUCUCAGCAGACUUGAAGAGGAGAAGACAUACACUGACCCAGUGACUAUUGAAACAAAUCUUGGCAAUGUCUCGGGGUCUUCGCAUCAUUUGCAUUCAAUUGUGGUGGAUGCUGGUGCUGAGGAGAAUUCACGGGAGAAUGGUGAUGUGAGAGAUGAUUCCAAGUAUGUCAACACUUUUGUCCUCUCCGGGAGAGAGACGUCAUCUAAUCAAUCAUCUGGUCAUUCAUCGUCAGGCCAUCAUCGUGAUCGAUCACUGCAGAGUAUGGAGACAAUGGGAUGUGCUGUAAAGAGUCUAACGGAUGGUGAUGAUUCAGAAAUGGAUCGUGCUACAGCCUCCAUAAUAUCCAUUGAAGAGAUGCCCAGUUUGGUGACGUUCAAGACAUACUGUGCCCCACCGAAAGUCUAUCUCGAGACGAACUUCGAUGACUGUGAACCAACACGAAUUGUCACGCGAGAGACACCUGUAAAGACUGGGAAUGUAUCACGCACGAGAUUGAUUUAUGAGCCGGAAAAGAAUUUUCCCAUUAUUGAUUCUCAUACCUUCCGCAUGGAUAAGGUGAAGAGUGUACAGGAUGGGGGAGUUGUGAUUAGAAUUCCGGCAACUGUUGAGGAAAGUGGAGACAAUCGGGAGAAUCUGACGAAGAAACUGAGUAAAGAUUCAGCUCUCGAUGUGGAAGAGGAGGAAGAUGAAUCAGAGAGGAUGAAAGAACAUGAGGCUGAGGACAAUGGCAAGUGUACUUUUGAGAUUUACAGAGCCCUCAAGGCAGAAAAGAGUUCGGAAAAUUCUGAGGGUGAUAGUACCCUUGAGAAAAUAGAGGAGACACCAAAGAUGAGUUCAGAUGUGAAACCAUUGAAGUACUCAACGACUUUUGAGAUUAAUCUGGAGUAUCCUAAGCCAUACAACAGUCAAGAAAGUCACUUUGAUGAGAGAGAAAUUAUCUCACCUGAUUCAAGUAUUCCCUAUCCAUUGAGGAUCAAAACGAAUCCUUUUACGCGCCAGAAGGAACUGUAUUCAGUGAAUUUGGGUAGGAUUUGGAAGCAACUAAAUCUAGGACAGGAUGAACUGUCAUUAGAUAUGGGUGGUGGUAAUUUUACAGCUAAUAAAGCUACCAAUAAGAAUGAAUCCUUCAAGUCAAUGUCAUCGAGAGAUUCUGGUUUUAGUUUAACCCUAACCAAGCCCAAAAGCCUUUUCAGGCGCAAGAGUAAGAAGUCAAAGAAGGCUCAAGGGGAACAGAGACGAAAACCAAAACUUUCUGUGAGUCGUGAUGGGUAUUUCAAAAGGGUGAUGGUGGUGCAGAGAAAUUCGUCGAGAAGGAAAAAAAAACAGAAGUACGAUAGUCAAUUUUUGAGAGAUUUCGAGGAAUUUUGUAGUCGUCGCAAUAAGAAAGAAUUCUAUCGAAGACGAAAUUUUGAAGAUGACGAAGAUGAUACUUUCACACAAGAAAUCAAUGAUCUUGAGACAUUCUAUGAAGAACAUCUAACUCGCCUCCGGAACUAUUACAUGCACAAGAAGAAGAUCAAUGAGGCUACAAUUAGUGAUUUUUAUCAGGAUUUUGGUGAGAGAGAACUCUACUGUUCGCCUCAUGUAUUGGCCAGAAAUGAGACGUUACGUCGAAAGUGUGCUAAUCUUGCGCUACAGGAUGAUUCGAUGCACAUGAAUGCUGGAAGUCUCAAUGAUUUCACCUUUCCCCAUCCAGAUAAGAGACCACCAUCGGCUACAGUGAAUAAUAGUCAAGGUGGUGGAAGUGCUAGUAGUACAAAUCGCAGAACUCCGCGUCUCAAUCAGUUCCAGGAGGUGCGUAGAAUGGACAGAAGUCUUGAGGAACAUCUUAAGUAUGCUGAACUCAUGUUUCAAGCCACGGCAUCAAAUGGUGCCCAAAAUCAGCGAAUCUAUGAACGUGUACCCUAUGCUGAAAUUCAAUUUCCUCCCGAAGUUCGUCGACGAGUGACUAAGAAUCGCCUGUAUCGGCAACAUCAGCGUCGACGUGGUGCUGAUGAGGAGGAAUAUAUGCCACUGAGGAAGCAAGAAAUCUCACUGGCCAGUGUUUUUCCGUCCGUACAGAACACCAAAAAGUCCCAUGUGGGCAUUCGAUGUGGCAGUUGCUGUAAAAUCAGACGAUCUUCAGAGUCCAAUGAUAAUGAUGAGGAUGUCGUUGAGGAGGUGGAGAAUCGUGUGAAUUUGCGGCAGGAGGUCAAUAGUGAUGAAUUCAGUGAGAAUGAAUUUAUCACAAAUAGUAUCGGAGGGUGUGAGUACUGCUUCAGAUGUGGUGUAGUUGAUGGAACAACUGGUGAGAGUGUGUGUAUCUGUGAUGGGCAAGGGAAUCCCAUUGAGGAUGAUGAGAACUCAGUGAAUUGCUUAGAUGAUGAGGAUUUCUGUGAGUGUGGUGUUAGAUAUCAGAAGCGCAAGGUGAAAAGGAGAAAAUCCAAGAAGAGACUCCGUAAGAAUCAUUCGACAUUGAGAAAAAAUGGAUACAACUACUACAGUGAUAUUACACAGAAAGGAUAUGAGAAGAAGAGAACAAGACUCCUACAGCCGUAUUUGGCAAAAAAUGCACAACCAGGUGAUGGGUAUUACAAUCUGCAACAAAAGCCACCACCCCCAAUUCCAUGUGGUGGCAGCUCAAUGGGACCUAUUGUCUCAAUGGACGGUUACAGCUAUGUAGAUGAGGUACACUCUAUCCAAUCCAGCCACCACCAUCAUCAUCAUUCAUCGUCGUCGUCCCAUGGACAGCAAAAAUCAUCAGGUGGUGGCUCAUCUGGGCAUCAUCAUCAAAAUCGCACGAGACGUACUCAAAGGCGUGUCACGCACAAUGAGAAACGAUACCAUUCAGUGACGGAUAAGAAAAGUCCAGAGAAGACUGUGGAGGAAUCAAAGCCCAAUUUUCGCGGAUGCAGUCCAUAUAAAUCGUCACAGUAUCAUGAUGUGGGUGUGACUGAGGGUGACAUGAGGCCACAGCAGAUACUAGCUCAAAUAGCUCAGAAUAUCAAAAGUAGAACGACAAAUGUGCCAUCGACAAGAGACUCACCCAGUGCCAGUGGGCAGAAUCAGCAGCACCAGAAGAAGCCACAGCAGACAGAACCUGGCAACGAUGCCAGGAAAAAUCGACGUCUGGGGCGACAAGAAAGUCGCUAUACGAGCGAAGUGAGACAAGAGGCCGUUCAGCAAGCUCUGGCCGCACUAAAAAAUCGACCAAAGCCUAGCUUACCAAUGCCAUCAAAACGCAGUUCUGUGCUUAAUCGUAGUCCCGAUCGUGACAAUGAUGAUUCAGAAUCAUCAUCGGAGGAGGGAAGUAUUCCGGAGGAGAGGAUUUCAACACCAGAACGUGAUGGGUACAAUCUUCCACGUGAUCAUGUUGGUGGAAAUAUUCCAAGGGAACCAGCUAAACUUCCCACACAGCAUCAAUCGAGUCGCGAAGUUAGUCGCGAUCAUCAUAAGACAUCAUCUCAUAUUUCUGAGAGACGACCACAGAAUUUACCAUCACAGCCACCACUCUCGGAUACUUCGAGUGCAGGAUCGCCGCCAGCUAGUGUUCACAGGACGCAGAAGAAUUCCUACGAUAUGACAGAUAUCUCAGACUUUCAGAUACGCCCUUAUGCUGCACCAGACAUCACACAAUUCAACAAUACACGACGUGGUGCGGAUCGCGUCACAAGUAGGUAUGUGAACGUGUCCAGUACAGAACCUGGUGACACGAGCACAGCGGGAAGGUGGAAAGUGUCAGCGAAGAUUCAGCAACUCCUAAAUACCCUCAAACGACCCAAGAGGCGCCCUCUUCCUGAAUUUUACGAGGACAACGACAUUGAAUUGGAAAUAGCGGCCAAUCCUAAAGAUCCCAAUGCUCCGAAGCCUGAAGGUAGCACAAUGACACCCGUGCAGGGUGAACAGCUCGUGGUGAUGUCGGGCUUAUCGAGAACCAUUGAGGCUGCUCUUCAGCGAUAUGGUGUAAAUUCACCCAAGACACCAAUGGCCACAGUCCUCGAUCCCAAUGGAAAGAUGACAACGACUUUGACGUAUGGGAAGUUGAUGUCACGCGCCCAGAAGAUAGCUUAUGCACUCUCCACCAAGAUCUUCAAUAAAGGCUCCGAGCAGAUUACGCUCAAGCCAGGAGAUCGAGUCGCUCUUGUCUAUCCAAACAGUGAUCCUCUCAACUUCAUCACAGCCUGGUACGGAUGCAUGUUCAGAGGCCUCGUUCCACUGCCAAUCGAGCUGCCUCUGUCGAGUUCGGAUUCACCGCCUCAGCAAGUGGGCUUCCUGUUGAGUUCAUGCGGUGUCCAGAUCGCCCUCACGUCCGAGGCGUGUCUCAAAGGACUCCCAAAGUCCACGACGGGAGAGAUUGCGAAGCUUAAGGGAUGGCCAAGGCUUCACUGGUUUGUCACUGAGCACUUGCCAAAACCACCCAAGGAUUUUAACAUCAACAACAUCCGAAUCAAUGAGGAUGCUCUGGCAUAUAUUGAGUAUACCAGUGACAAAGAGGGCAGUGUUAUGGGUGUUACAGUGAGCCGUCAAGCCAUGAUUAAUCACAUUCGCGCCCUCACGAUGGCCUGUCACUACACUGAAGGCGAAACUGUGGUGUGUGUAUUGGACUUCAAGCGUGAAGUUGGACUCUGGCAUAGUGUUCUCACAUCUGUGCUCAAUGGCAUGCACGUCCUCUUCAUCCCGUAUGCCCUCAUGAAGCUACGUCCAUCAUCGUGGAUGCAACUCAUUACCAAAUAUCGCGCAUCGUGUUGCUUGGUGAAGAGUCGCGAUUUGCAUUGGGGCCUUCUGGCUACCAAGGAUCACAAAGACAUCUCACUGUCAUCUCUGCGAAUGCUUCUGGUGGCCGAUGGAGCCAAUCCGUGGUCACUUUCGAGUUGCGAUCAAUUCUUGAGUGUAUUCCAGUCGAAGGGGCUACGACCCGAUGCCAUUUGUCCAUGCGCCAGCAGCUCAGAGGCUUUUACGGUGUCCCUGCGAAGACCUGGACGUGCUCAGGGUGGCUUUAGUCAAUCCGCCACUACGGGACGUGGAGUGCUAUCAAUGGCUGCUCUCUCGCAUGGAGUUGUUCGCGUGGAUAGCGAGGACUCUCUCACUUCUCUAACGCUGCAGGACUGUGGACAAGUUAUGCCAGCCACAACGAUGGUGGUAGUACGUUCGGAAGGACCUCCAGUUCUGUGCAAAACAGAUCAAGUGGGUGAGAUUUGUGUGACAUCGGGUGCUUCAGGUACAUCCUACUAUGGUCUCGAUGGUCUCACCAAUUCGGCAUUCCGUGUGCAACCCCUGCCCGAAGAUCCGCCCGAACCCAAAGAUCCCUCAGUACCCCAGCCUCCUCCCAAGCCAAUCACCGAAGAGCACUACGUACGCAGUGGUUUGCUGGGUUUUCUGGGUCCGGGUGGAUUGGUGUUUGUCUGUGGCUCUCGUGAUGGCCUGAUGACAGUGACGGGCAGGAAACACAAUGCAGACGACAUUAUUGCCACUGUUCUGGCCGUGGAGCCGAUGAGGUUCAUCUAUCGGGGUCGUAUUGCCGUGUUCAGCAUCAAAGUGUUACGCGAUGAACGGGUAUGUGUGAUUGCGGAACAGAGACCCGACUGUUCCGAAGAAGAGUCAUUCCAGUGGAUGUCCAGGGUACUUCAGGCCGUGGACUCCAUUCAUCAAGUUGGCAUUUAUUGUCUUGCACUCGUGCCACCGAAUCACCUGCCAAAAACUCCAUUGGGAGGAAUUCAUUUGUGUGAGGCUCGUCGGAGAUUCCUGGAGGGAUCCCUUCAUCCUGCAAAUGUUCUCAUGUGUCCACACACUUGUGUGACUAAUCUCCCAAAACCCAGAGAAAUGCAUCAAGGCGCACUCCAACCACAAGUUGUUUCUGGAAGUUCAUCUGGAUGUGUUACAGACACGUCGGUGGGUCCGGCGUCAGUGAUGGUGGGAAAUUUGGUGCAGGGCAAUCGACUGGCCGUGGCCCAAGGACGAGAUAUUGGCCUCUCUGACGACAACGAGAGAAAGCAUCAACUGAUUACGGCUGUUCUUCGUUGGAGAGCAAACUCUUCGCCAGAUCACGUCCUGUAUACAUUGCUCAAUUCAAAGGGCGCUGUUGCGAAGACACUCACAUGCUCUGAACUCCAUAAGCGUGCUGAGAAGAUUGCAGCUCUUCUGCAGGAGCGUGGUAAAAUCAAUCCAGGUGACCAUGUGGCUCUGAUCUUCCCACCAGGCGUCGAUCUCAUCUGUGCAUUCUACGGAUGUUUAUACUUGGGUGCUGUACCCAUAACAAUUCGUCCACCACAUCCGCAGAAUCUUAUUACAACACUGCCAACAGUUCGAAUGAUCGUGGAUGUGUCCAAGUCCGUGAUCAUCCUCUCAAUUCAGAGUAUUAUAAAAUUGCUCAAGAGUCGAGAGGCAGCUACAUCCAUUGAUCCUAAGAGUUGGCCACCAAUUCUCGAUAUUGAUGACAAUCCCAAGCGCAAAUUGGCAGCUAUUGCCAAUGCUACAAUUGACUCUACAGCCUAUCUGGACUUCAGUGUAUCCACUUGUGGUCGUCUGAGUGGCGUCAUUAUUACCCAUCGUUCUCUCAGCAGCCUCUGCUCCAGCCUCAAAUUGGCCUGCGAACUCUACCCAAGUCGUCAUGUGGCACUGUGUCUUGAUCCUUACUGUGGAUUGGGAUUUGCCAUGUGGACACUUAUCAGUGUCUUCAGUGGACAUCACUCCAUCCUCAUUGCUCCUUACGAGGUGGAAGCCAAUCCGAGUCUCUGGCUCUCAACUCUGUCACAGUAUCGCGUUCGUGAUACAUUCUGCUCAUACGGUGUGAUUGAGUUGUGCACAAAGGCUCUCAGCAAUUCCAUCCAGGCCCUCAAGCAGCGAAAUGUGAAUUUAGCGUGUGUACGAACGUGUGUUGUUGUGGCCGAAGAGAGGCCCCGUGUUCAGCUCACACAGCAAUUCUGUAAGCUCUUCCAAGCUCUGGGCCUCAAUACACGCUGUGUCUCUACAUCUUUUGGCUGUCGCGUAAAUCCCGCCAUUUGUGUCCAAGGUGCCAGUUCGGCCGAAAGUGCUCAGGUGUAUGUGGAUUUGCGGGCGCUGCGCAACAAUCGGGUGGCUCUGGUGGAGCGUGGAGCACCCAAUUCGCUGUGUCUCAUUGAGUCCGGAAAAUUACUGCCCGGCGUCAAGGUGAUCAUCGCCAAUCCGGACACAAAGGGUCACUGCGGAGAUUCGCAUCUUGGUGAAAUUUGGGUUCAAUCGCCACACAGUGCCGAUGGAUACUUCACAAUCUACGGAGACGAGACGGACUACAACGAUCACUUCAACGCGAAACUCGUGACGGGCGCUACCACAGAGACUUAUGCACGAACGGGCUAUUUGGGUUUCCUGCGACGUACAGAAUGCUCCCAGGCAGGAUCAAUUCUUGACGAGACAACUCCCAGCAUCGCUAGCCGGGACAGUGACAACGACUCUCUGCAUUCUCAGGGUCAGACGCAGCUGCAUGUGACACCUGGAAGUGGAUCAGGACAAGAUCAGGAGCUCCAUGAUGCUGUAUAUGUUGUUGGGGCGCUAGAUGAGGUGAUUACACUGCGUGGCAUGAACUACCAUCCCAUUGAUAUUGAGAAUUCAGUAUUGAGGUGCCACAAGAAAAUUGCUGAAUGUGCUGUCUUCACAUGGACUAAUCUUUUGGUGGUAGUUGUUGAGCUGGACGGAAAUGAAUCUGAGGCGCUGGAUUUGGUUCCUCUCGUGACAAAUACGGUCCUCGAGGAGCAUCAACUGAUCGUGGGUGUUGUAGUUGUUGUGGAUCCGGGUGUCGUGCCAAUAAAUAGUCGUGGCGAGAAGCAAAGGAUGCAUCUUCGUGAUGGUUUCCUUGCUGAUCAACUCGAUCCCAUAUAUGUUGCCUACAAUAUGUAAAAUGGAAAUAUCCUUCUGCAAUCCUCAAAUCCUGACGGGAUAUUCUCCCAAACAGAAAAAUAAGGAAUGUCUAUUGAUGUUCUAGUGUGUUUGCAAAACAAAAAAAAAGGAUGUGAGCCUAAACUGCAUUGUUACGAAGUAGAAUAAUUCUUUAGGGGUUUUUCUUUUUUAUGCGCUUUUUUCUGAAGUGUUUUUUUUUUAGUGAAAAGUGCUUAUGGGAAAGGGUUUUGGGAUGGAGAAAGAGGAGGCUUUUGAGGGGAGAGGAGUUGGGAAUAUUUCAGUAAGGACACACAACACAUAAUGAAAUCACACGAAUAUUGAUGAAUAAUCUUUGAAUAUAUAUAUAUGAAAAAAUACCUAUAUAUAAAAAAAACCUAUGAAUAUUAUAGACUCUUGUGAUCCCUCCUUUUUUUAAUUGUAUUAAUUCGUCUUUACAUUUUAAUCUCAUAUGGAAAAGGAAAGAAGAAAAAAAUAUGUUGUAGAACUUUUCGAUAGAAGUCAAAUGCCAAUUCAUUUUUCUUUUUGUAUAGGACGAUUAUUGUGACGAAAAGUAACACAAAACAUUGUUUUGAUUUUAGGCGUGACUUUUGGGUGAUCGAAUAUUUUAGGAAGAAAAGAAAAUUGUUAUAAAAAAAAUAAUAAUAAUAAAAUGCGCAAAAGGCAACUGAAAAAUUAUGAAGAUUAAGAAGAGCUUGCUAAACUGGAGAAGCUGAAAGAUCACAUGAAAAAAUUAGUGCAAUGUUCUCUAUUGCGGUAAUUUUUGCAUUCAUUACAACUUUAUACUUUGUAUAUUUUUUUAUUCUAGUCUCUCUACAAUUAUUUUAUUAUAAUUAUACAUAUAAACAUAUAUAUAUAUAUUUUUUUUUGAUGAGAAGAAAAAUAAGUUUAAAAUGGAGAUGCACUCUAUUUUUUUUCCAGUGAUUGCGUUUUUGUGAAGAAUUUCAACGCAAACCCCCCAAGUAUUCUAAUGUUUUCUUUCAAUGCAAUAUUUUCUUUAAUGACUGAUUGCUCUUUAUGUUUUUUUUUUUUACUGAGGAAAAUGGAAGAAAAAAAAACAGAAGGGAAAGAAUAGUGAAAUACUUGAUGAAUCACAACUUGCAUACAUUUAACGCUCCCCCUUCCACUUAUAGGUGUUAUUUAGAGGCGACAAGGAGAAUGACAGAAUGCGAUGUAGUAGUAAAAACAAAAGAAAAAGAAAAACGAUUAGAAAAUCAUACAAAAAAUGGGAAAAAAAACAAUUUAUUAAAAACUGCACAAUAUUUACUCUUUUUUAUUGUAUCCAAGGAGAAUAAUGCAAAUGACUUUUUCAGACAUGAAUGAUUACAACAAUUUUGAGGAAUAUAAAGUAAUUGAAAUAGUAGCGAUAAAUUGAGGAUGAUAUAAAAAUAAAAAUGAUCAUGAAUACAA